AUGGUUAGGAACCGUGAUUUUCUUCAGUUCAAAGAAGAACGGGAAAGCAAGUGUUUCUUCAAGAGAGCAAUUCCUUAUGACUUUGUGAGAAGCUUCUCCGACGAUGAGCUCUCCGGUAGCAAUAUGGAGAUAAUAACAAAAUGGGGACGCACUUGGGAGAUGGGAAUCUCUAAGAACCCAAGAUUCUACUUCAUGGAGAAGGCUGGAUGGGAAAAGUUUGUCAAGGACAAUUUCUUAGGAGACAAUGAGUUCUUAACCUUCACUCACAGAGGAAACAUGCAAUUCACUGUGAACAUCUUCGAAAAGGAUGAGAGAGAGAUGAUCCAACCACGACAAAUCAUGGACUCGUCUUCUCCUUCUAGUCGGAUUAAGACAGAACAAGGGGAUGAAAACGCAGCUGCUGAGUCGAGUCAUCCUCGUCGUGGUUUCCCAACAACAGCAGAAUCUAAUGGAGGAGGAAACAGCAAAAGGAAGCUCAGGAGAGUUGAGGAAUCCGAAAACACAAAGAGGACCAAGAAAGUGUUUAGCCGUGGGAGAGAUUCUGCAGGAGCAUCUUCAUCUUGUGUUGGAGAAUUCACCAUCCUCGUCCAGAGAUCAUACCUCACCUAUCUAGCGAUUCCGCAAUCUAUUGCAAUGAAUCAUAUGCCGAAGCAUGACACCACGCUGAAGAUACAUCACCAAGAUAUGAACAUGUCAUGGCAUGUGGGUUACUUGGCGAGGUCGACAUCUGGAAGCUUGUCUAGUGGAUGGUCUCGUUUGUGUAAGGAGUAUCCUAUUGCUGUAGGGGAAUGUUGCAGUUUUACAAUGAUCAAACCUGGGGAGCUUCUUCUGGUUGUCUCAAAACCAAGUCCCUGA